ACGCUCUUCCACCCACAAGCCUGUCGCCGGGUCCCACUAUCACUGCCACCCUUACCUGGGGGCUCAGACUUGCCCCAGUCUAACCCUCUCGGCCCCCCACUCCCGCCCGGCUUUUAAACUCUUCCCCGCCCUCAGCCAUGUCCAACAACAUGGCCAAGAUCGCGGAGGCCCGCAAGACCGUGGAACAGCUGAAGCUGGAGGUGAACAUCGACCGCAUGAAGGUGUCGCAGGCGGCGGCCGAACUCCUCGCCUUCUGCGAGACGCACGCCAAGGACGACCCGCUGGUGACGCCGGUACCCGCCGCGGAGAACCCCUUCCGCGACAAGCGCCUGUUUUGCGUUCUGCUCUGAGUCUUCCUGACCGCUUACCCUCCCCUGCCAAACUAUGGAUCCAAUA